UGGGAACGAGCAAUUCGCCAAGAAAUUCAAGCCCUCAAGUCCAAUGCAACUUUCGUCCUCGUCGACCCGCCCCCAGGUGCGCAUGUGCUUGAUAAUACCGUACAGCUCCGGAUCCAGACGGGUCCGACAGGAGCCAUCGUGCAAUACAAGGCGAGAGUG